UUCAAGGGGUCAAAUGCGAUUUACCUACGGUGGAACGGCUUGCAAUGAGCAAUCAACUACAAAAAUUACUGAAUAGUUGCCGUUUAUGUGGUGCAGAAACUCCAGAUAAGAUACCCAUCUUGGAAGAAGACGAAGAAUUGUAUGGAGAUGUUGCCCCCUUGUGGAAAAAAAUAGAAGAAUGUGUAGGGAUACUGGUUUGCAAAAAUGAUCAAAUGCCAAAGGAAAUCUGCUUGCAAUGCAUCGACAAGCUGAAUGAUUUCUACGAAUAUCGCGCAGUGUGUGCAGCUACCAACAUCCAAAUGCGUGCUAUUCUGAACUCAGCACCCGAAGACGCUGCCAGAAUUUUGAUGAAAAAUGAACCCACCGAAGUCACGGUAUUGUCUGGGAGUGAAGAAUGUGUGAACGAAGGAGCACAAGCGUGUACCACGGAGGAUGAUACAGAUACAGAUACGCAUGAUUAUUUUUGCGAUCGACUCUCCACUGCAAACAACAUGGAAGAAAACCCUGAUACUCGAUCUCGUCGCGCCACCUCAAAUGACGAUAGAGAGCGAAUUGUGCGUGCAUAUGAAAAUGGGCACAUGAUAAAGAAAAUUGCCGAAAUGUUCAAUUUUAAGCGCACGACCGUUGGUGGUAUUAUUCAAAAAUACAUAAAAACUGGGAUCACCCAUGCAACAGUACCACGAUCUUUGAGAAAACUAACUCCAGAGCAAGCGGAGACUGUCAAACAGUGGCGUAUAGCGGAUCGCACUUUAUCCGAAAGGAAGCUGGCCAGCAAAAUAAGCGAAGUGUUUGGUGUAAAGGUUACCUCAACAACAGUUCGCAGGAUAAUCGAGCCUCGAAAGCAUUAUAAAAAAAAGACUGAGCGAAAGAAGAAAACAGAGCCCACAGAAGUCCCGAUGUUGUCUGGGAGUGAAACUUGUGUGAAUGGAGGAGCACAAGCGUGUACCAAGGAGGAUGAUGAUGCUGCUACAAAGCAUUUUCUUGGCGAUCGACUUUCUACUGCAGAAAACGUGAAAGAAAAACCUAAAGCUCGAACUCAUCUCGUAACCUCAAAUGGUGAUAGAGAGCUAAUUGUGCGGGCAUUCGAAAGUGGUUAUAUGAUAAAGGAAAUUGCUGAAAUUUUCAAUUUUAAGCGCUCGACCGUUGGUGGUAUCGUUCAAAAAUACAAGCGAACAGGGAUCUCUCAUGCAACAGAAAGACGUAUACCAUGUACGAAAAAACUAACUCCAGAGCAAGCGGAGAGUGUUAAACAGUGGCAUACAGCGGAUCGCACCUUAACCUACAAGAAGCUGGCCAGCAAAGUAAACGAAGUGUUUGGUGUAAAGGUUGCCCCAAUCACAAUUUGCCGGGUAAUGAAGCCUCGAUGGCAUCGUAAAAGUAAACCUAAGCGAGCGGUACGAAAGAAGAAAACAGAGCCUACAGAAGUCCCAAUGUUGUCUAGGAGUGAGGCUUGUGUGAACGGAGGAGCACAAGCGUGUACCACGGAGGGUGACGAUGCAGCUACAAAGCCUUUUCUUGGCGAUCGACUUCCUACUGCAGAAAACGUGGAAGAAAAACCUAAAUUGUGCGGGCAUACGAAAGUGGAUACAUGAUAAAGGAAAUUGCUGAAAUUUUCAAUUUAAAACGCACGACGGUGUCUGGCAUCAUUCAAAAAUACAAGCAAACUGGGUUCUCACAUGCAACAAAACGACAUGUACCAUGUAUGAAAAAACUAACUCCAGAGCUAGCAGAGAGUGUGAAACAGUGGCAUGUAGCGGAUCGCACCUUAACCUACAAAGCUGGCCAGCAAAAUAAGCGAAGUGUUUGGAGUGAAGGUUACCCCAACCACGGUUUAUCGCAUAGUAAAGUCUGAGAAGACGUUAUAAAAGCAACACUAAACGAACGAAAGGUAUUUGAGAAUAAAAUUCAUGCCAAACCUGU